AAGAAGUGAUAUUCUGCGAAAGUAGUUGGUUGUCCAACGUGUUCCUCCCAAAAACAAAACACGUGCUCGUACUGGCGCAGAGCAGUUGCUGGAACAAACAAACCAGUUUACCAUAGCAUAAAAUAUUUUCUAAAGUAUAAAAGGUUUUCAGCUAUCACUAAAAUGUCGCCUCCAGUAUGUGGUUGUGCUGAACAAGUCAGGAAACUCACACAGCAGGCGUCAGUAAUGAGAAGAGAGAUAAAAAAUCUCAGACAGCAGAUGGAUGGUGCCAUUCGAGCACAUAAGAAGCAGAUGUCAUCACUUCAGUCCAUGCUGACAGACUGUAAACACGAAGACAGAUUACAAUCAGUGAGCAGAAGCCCAAUUCAAAGCACUGCUGAAAUCAAUCAAUUAUUAGAGAAAGGUCGUAUUCAGACUGUACCGAUCGGAUACAUCAGCUCAUGUUUCGCAGUCAAAAAUGGCACUCCACGACAACCCACCAUAUGCAGUUCUUCUCGGGCCAGCUUAAAGAUUGAACCCUCAGUCUUCAAUAACCCUGAGCAUUCUUUGGUUGGCCUGGAACAAUACUCCCAUAUCUGGAUCAUUUUCCUCUUCCAUAAGAAUGGGCAAAUGAGCUACAAAGCCAAAGUAAAGCCACCCCGUCUGAAUGGCCAGAGGGUGGGGGUGUACUCCACCCGUAGCCCCCACAGGCCUAAUGCUUUGGGACUGACCUUGGCUAAGCUAGAGGGAAUCACAGGGGAUACACUUCACUUGUCAGGUGUUGAUAUUAUUGCUGGAACACCUGUGCUAGACAUCAAGCCAUAUAUUCCAGACUACGAUUCUCCAAAAACAAGAAGAGAUGAUACCAACAGUGAAUAUAGACAAACAUCACCAUUCACAGACUCUCCGAUGCCCCAAGUGAUGGAUCUAGAUGAAGAACCAGACAUCUCAGGGACAUCAUCCGAAUCCUCCUCAGAGCUCAGAGAUUGUGCAGCUGGACCUUCAGAUUUCUCUCAGUCACAAAGGUCUGGAUCCAGUGAUGUGACUGACGUGUUAGCAGAGGUUAAAAACUAUGUCAAACAACAGCAGCUUUUCACUGAAAGUCUAGAAGACAAACAAUCAGAUUCUCCUGAAUGCACUUCACUGUCAACCGACCGUUUAAGUUCAUCCAGUCUUAAAUUUGGAUCUGAGGACUACAGUACUAUCGCUGCCUGGGUCAGGACACCUCCUGUCAGUAACCUAGACGUGCGGUUUACUGCCAAUGCUGAGAAAGAGCUCAAAGAGUUUGUUCCCUGCGACAGUACAGACAGUACAAGACCAAGGUUCCAGUUCUUGAAAGGACCAGAGGAAGCAGUGGCAGCCAUCAAAGGCAUUCUGUCAGCUGACCCUAGAUCAGUAUAUCGUCGCACGCGUUGUCAAGACCGCCUGUUCUUCUUCACCCUGGAUACAGCUGACAUCACCUGCUGGUUUGGCGAUGGUUUUGCUGAGGUUGUGAGAGUCAAACCUGUGCAGAGUUAAGAAAUCUCAAAUGUUGUCUGAGGUUUCUCUCAAAUUCCUGCAUUUUCAAUAACAGAUACUGAGAGAGAAUUCACCAUAAAAUGUACAUUCUGUAAACAUCUACUCACCCUCAUAUCAUUCCAAACACAUAAGACUUGAUUUUUCUAUGGAACACUUUUUGAGAGAAAUGUCCAUAAAAUAUUUUUCUCAUUGUCCAUACAGUUGAAGUUAGUGGUCACCAAAAUUGUUUGGUUACCAUCAUUCUCCUGAAUAUCGGUUUUUGUGUUCCACAGAAGAAAAAGUCAGUGACGUCAUUUUCAUUUUUGGGUGAACUGUGCCUUAAUUUGUGUUACUGAUUAAUGAUUAACUAAAUUUAGUCUAAAAAGAUCAUUUUUUUAGCCUUUAAGCACAAAGAUAUUUUUAUGGUUCACAACGAAGAUCUAAAUGUUAACAUACUAUUCUUAGCAAGCAACUGUAUUGCUAGAAUUUCUUAGUUCCAACAAUUACUUGUUUUGUUUGUUUGUUUAAUCGCAUAGUUUGUGUAUGAUUAUUUAUUACAUUUUAAUUUGUUAAAUAUGUUCAGUGAACUGCUGGGUUUAUUAAAGGUGUCAUAUUUUUUGGGCAUUA